UCUUUUUUAUUUCAUUUUUCUCCAUGAAAUAAUACGUGGCAACCGCUGAUUAGUUCUUAUUUGUGCGGCUCGAUUUGUCAAAUGAAUGCAAAUUUCGGUACUCCUCCUCCAUCACUGUGAUCUGUGACAGUGCAGUAUCUUAAUUCAUCAAUUAUUGAAUAAAUAAUAAAAAAAUCACAUAAGAUAACAAAAAACACACAACCACCUACUACAAUUUGUAAAAUUUACAUAAUUGAUAAACAACAACAAAAAAUUGAAGGAUUUCAUUUAUUGUGAGUGUAACUUGUAUGCUUACAACUAUGUUACAAAACCCAUUUUUGUCGCAUCAAAGUCAUUAGUUCAAUAACUUAAUUCGGAAAGAAUGAGGUCGGCUACAUGAACCAAGAUUACGUAUCGUGGGUCAUCUAAGUAGUACAAAAUUCAUACCCCAUUUGCAAGAUUGAUGAAAGAUUUGAUCUUUUUUAAGUUGAUUAUUUUUGGGGGUAAUUUGAAUUUGAUACAUUUCUUUUGUUGAAAAUUUGAUUAAAUAAAAAUGGGAGGAGAUUUGAUUGAAGAGAGUAGUAGUCUGACAUGGGUUGGAAGUGGUGGGAGUGGAACUUCAAGGUGGGUUGAUGGAAGUGAAAUGAGUUCAGAAGAAAUGCCAAAUUGGUCAAAAAUGGAUGAAAAUGAAUUUAGGAAUAGAUAUAGUUCUUCUUCUGGGUCUUUUAAAAGAAGGCUCGUGAAAAGGCCUAAAAGAGUUAAUUCUUUGGAUGUUGAAGCUAUGCAGAUUGCUGAUGCCCAUGCUCAUCACAAUAAGGAACUAUCUACAUGGCAUACUCUUUCAUUGGCAUUCCAAACUCUUGGUGUGGUGUAUGGUGACGUGGGCACGAGUCCUUUAUAUGUAUUCACUGAUGUGUUUAGUAAGGUGCCUAUAACAUCGGAAGUUGAUGUUCUGGGAGCUCUGUCUGUAAUAAUGUAUACGAUAGCCCUUGUGCCCUUGGCAAAAUAUGUAUUUGUAGUGCUUAAAGCUAAUGAUAAUGGGGAAGGAGGGACAUUUGCACUGUAUUCUCUUAUAAGCAGGUACGCUAAAGUGAAUAAGCUUCCAAAUCAACAGCAAGCCGACCAACAGAUCUCUAGCUAUAGGCUCAAACUACCCACUCCGGAACUUGAAAGGGCUUUAUACAUUAAAGAGAUUUUGGAAAAGAACGCUUUCAUGAAAACCCUUCUUCUAUUUUUGGUUCUUACUGGAACUUCGUUGAUUAUAGGGGAUGGCAUCCUGACUCCAGCUAUGUCAGUUAUGUCAGCUGUAAGUGGUUUGCAGGGCGAGAUUAAGGGAUUUGGUCCUAACGCUGUAGUCAUUGUUUCGAUGAUCAUUCUGGUUGGAUUAUUCAGCAUACAGCGUUUUGGGACCAGCAAAGUUGGCUUUUCAUUUGCGCCUGCCCUGUCAUUGUGGUUCUUUUCUUUGGCGACUAUUGGAAUCUACAACCUCCUUAGACAUGAUAUUACUGUCCUGAGGGCCCUGAAUCCAGCUUACAUCUUCCUUUUCUUUAGGAAAAAUGGUGUUCACGCAUGGUCUUCUCUUGGCGGCUGUGUUUUGUGCAUCACAGGAGCUGAAGCAAUGUUUGCUGAUCUAGGCCACUUCUCCGUACGAUCUGUUCAGAUUGCAUUUACUUCUGUUGUGUUCCCUUGCCUUCUGCUGGCUUACAUGGGCCAAGCGGCAUUUUUGAUGAAAUUUCCAGCCUCAGCUGAGCGAGUAUUCUAUGAUAGUGUGCCAGAUGGAUUUUUCUGGCCAGUCUUUGUGAUUGCUACACUUGCUGCCGUUAUUGCCAGUCAGGCUAUGAUAUCUGCUACCUUUUCGGUCAUAAAGCAAGCCAUGGCUCUGGGAUGUUUCCCGAGGUUGAAGGUAAUCCACACCUCGAAGAAGCAGAUGGGUCAGAUUUAUAUCCCUGUCAUCAACUGGUUUCUGAUGGUAAUGUGUCUAAUAGUGGUUGCAACGUUCAGAAAUACCACGGACAUUGCAAAUGCAUAUGGAAUUGCUGAAGUUGGAGUCAUGCUGGUCAGUACAGCCUUGGUGACACUAGUCAUGCUUUUGAUCUGGCAAACUAACAUAUUCCUAGCUCUCGCUUUCCCUAUUGUAUUUGGGACAAUUGAGCUCAUUUAUUUAUCAGCAGUCCUAUCAAAACUCUUGGAGGGCGGUUGGCUUCCUUUAGCCUUUGCUGGGUGUUUCUUACUAGUAAUGUACACAUGGAACUAUGGAAGUGUACUAAAGUAUCAGAGCGAGGUCAGGGAUAAAAUUUCUAUGGAUUUCAUACAUGAUCUCGGAUCUACUCUUGGAACUGUAAGAGUCCCCGGAAUUGGAUUACUCUACAAUGAGCUAGUUUAUGGCAUUCCUUCCAUUCUAGGACAGUUUCUUUUAAGCCUUCCUGCCAUUCAUUCUACCAUUAUCUUUGUUUGUAUCAAAUAUGUUCCGGUUCCUGUAGUACCUCAAGAAGAACGAUUUCUCUUUAGAAGGAUUUUCCCUAGGGACUACCAUAUGUUUCGUUGUGUUGCUCGUUAUGGUUACAAAGAUGUACGAAAAGAAGACCACCAUUCAUUUGAACAACUUCUGAUUGAAAGUCUGAAAAAAUUUCUGCACAAUGAGGCCCGAGAUCUUUCUCUUGAGGCCAACAUGAAUGAACUAGAUAUGGACAGUGCUUCAGUGAGAUCAGCAGAUGCAGUAGACCCUGACGAUGAGCUGAGAGUCCCACUGAUGCAUGAUCAACGAACAGUUGAGUCAGGACAUCAGCCAUUGAAGUCAGAAGACACCGAGGAGUUGCCAUCGAGUGCAAUGUCAACAGAGGAGGAUCCUAGCUUAGAGUACGAAUUAUCUGCUCUUCGAGAGGCUGUUGAUUCAGGUUUCACAUAUCUGCUAGGGGAUGCAGAUGUCAGAGCAAAGAAAGAAUCCUGGUUUCUUAAGAAGUUGGCCAUCAACUACUUCUAUGAUUUCCUGAGAAAAAAUUGCCGGAGGGGCGCUGCUGUACUCAGGGUUCCACACAUGAACAUCAUAGAGGUUGGGAUUACAUACAUGGUUUAAUUUCAUGGCAAAUUUACCUCAUAAAGAUGUAAGCUAAGCUUCUUGAAGUUCAUCAUUUAUGGAUUGGCCUUCUAGCAUGUUAUAUUAAUAUAAAUGUGUUGCAUUAUUUUAACUCUAA